AGAUCUUCUGGCUACUGCCACUAAAUUCAAGACUAUUAAAGUAGUCUCGGAUAAAACAACUAACCAAAGGCAAGCAACCAAGAACUCCUUCGAUAGAAAGUUGACCACACCGAGAACUACACCUGGUAUCAGUGCUAAAGUGUCGACGGACACUGAAGCACAGCAAGUCACCUGUAUAGUGUUGGAAAAAAAAUCGGCAAGUAAAAGCGACUCGAAACUCAGUAAGAGCAGUGUCACUGGGUGCAAUCCUAAAGUACAUGAGAGCACAUCUGGAAAACCUGCUGACAUACAUGAGGUUGAUAUUGACUCACAAACUAUGUCUGACCAGAAACCACUGGCAGACCACACUCAAUCUGCAUGCAAGCCCGAGAGUCCCGCAGUAGAAACUGCAAGAAAGACGACAAAGCCUAGAGUCCCACUCCAGACUUCGACAUACCUCCCUCUCAAUAAGUCUAAUAAGCAACAUGUCAGUCUAAAAAAAGACAAUGCAUGGGUAAAAAACCAUAUUCCCAAAAAAGUCAUCCAUCAUGUGAAUGAAAACACCCCUUCCCGAACUAGGAGUAAUAUGCCUAGCAACGCACAUAACUUGGGAAUGCAACGUAGAACGGAUCAUCAGGAUAUAAGGAGCACUAAACGGGGCUCAUAUAGGCACCAUAUUAAUGCAUAUUCUUGUCCAAACUCUCACACUAUCUGUGUUGAACCUCAGCAACAUAAUGAGUAUAGAUCGACACUUGACCCUCUCAAUAACUUCACUCACACAUGUGAUGUGAGCCAAUAUGCAUACGACUAUGAAAGACCCAUGAGGUACAACUACCAAGGUAAUCUUAACACAGGGUACCUAGGUCAAGCAAACUAUAUAUCACCAGUAAAUGAACGCAGAUACCCACCUAUGGAUGCUAAAAGUCAAAACAUGCAACAGGAUUAUUUUCGGAUGCAGCAAACAAUAGCCCCACUCGCUGCACAAUUCAUCCAGGAAAUAGUACACACACUGACUCUGUCUCACCUCAGAGCCCCUCCAAACAUAACGUAG